AAUCCUCGGAUAAGCCUGAUUUUAUUAUUGAGAACUCCAAUACAUGGUUCUUCUUUCUUUGGUCGUGUUCGCCUUCGCCAUAAACAAGACAACAACAAAUCACGGAACAGUACUCGUUCAUCCCAUCACAACUUGAACAUUUUUGUGCAUUUCUCAAGCUUGGGAUAGUCAAGGCGCUGAGUUAAUCUGCACAAAAAAAAAAAAAGUUAAAAAUGGGUGCGGCAGAAAAGAUUUGGGAUGCGGCGGGGGUGGCGGAGAGCCACAGCUCCGAGAUUCCGUCGUCCUCCAUCACGAUCGAUCACUCUCUCGCCCUCCCCGAUAUGAAGCUUUUCAUCGUGGAGCUAUGCAAAGAUCUAUUCAAACAAUGGUCAGAUUUGGAGGAAUCAAGGUUCUCCCUUGAAAGAGUAUCCGGUGGAAUCACGAACUUGUUACUCAAGGUGUCCGUGAGAGAGAAAAAUGGCAAUGUUGUGAGUAUCACAGUUAGAUUAUAUGGACCAAAUACUGAAUAUGUGAUCAAUCGUGAAAGGGAGCUGCAGGCUAUCCCAUACCUUUCAGCUGCAGGAUUUGGUGCUAAGUUGCUGGGAGUUUUUGGGAAUGGCAUGGUGCAAUCAUUCAUUAAUGCUCGUACACUUACUCCAUCUGACAUGCGGCAGCCAAAGCUUGUGGCAGAAAUUGCUAAACAGCUUCGAAAAUUUCAUGAGGUGGAAAUCCCCGGUUCCAGAGAUCCGCAACUUUGGAAUGAUAUUUUCAAGUUCUUUGACAGAGCAUCAAGCCUCAAAUUUGACGAUGUUGAGAAGCAAAAGAAGUAUGAUGUGGUUUCAUUUGAAGAAAUAAAGACAGAACUUUCUGAACUCAAGGUCCUGACAGAUCGUUUUAAUGCUCCUAUUGUCUAUUCUCACAAUGAUUUGCUUUCUGGGAACUUGAUGAUUGAUGAUGCAGAAGAUAAGCUUUACUUCAUUGACUUUGAGUAUGGAUCCUACAAUUACCGGGGUUUCGACAUUGGAAAUCACUUCAAUGAAUAUGCUGGUUAUGAAUGUGAUUAUAGCAUGUAUCCAAGCAAAGACGAACAAUAUUACUUCUUCAGGCACUAUUUAAUACCAGAGAGACCAGACGAGGUUUGUGAUGAAGACCUUGAAGCUAUCUAUGCAGAGACAAAUGCUUAUAUGCUAGCUUCACACCUGUACUGGGCACUAUGGGCAUUAAUCCAGACUUUUACUUUUGUUUCGUACAAUUUUGUGGGAAGAAAAAGAGCUGAAGGAAGGAAAAACAGCAACAUCAACCUUGAUAACUGA